UGUGUUUUUUUCUCUUUCCUUUUAAAAUCCAUGACAUUUUCCAUUACUGCAGUCACUCUCGUGAAACCCUAAACCAUGCAUCAAGAAAGCAGAACAUAAGGUAGAGAGGAAAAAGGUCGUUUCUCUCUCGGAUUCGAGCCGGGGCGUAAAGGGAGAGGAAACCCUAAAUCUGUAUCAACAAACCCCCUUCUCCAAUCGCGUCUAGGGUUUGCUAUCGAUACUCGGGAGAAUAUGGGUAAAGACAAUGGGCAGAAGAAGAACAAGAAGAGAAGUGACGACAACCAGAGGACCAUCGAGAAGGUGGAAACGCCGGAGCAGAAAACCCUAAACCCGCCGCAGCAAGAAGGGCAAGAAAACGGUAUUCUGAACAAGAAAAGGAAACGCCAAGAAGUUUUCCCCUUUGGAAACUACAGAAACUACUAUGGUUACCGAAUUAGUCAUGAUUCAGACGAGGAUCCUCGGCUUAAAGUUAUGAGGAAGGAAUGGUUUGAGGGCAAGGAUUGUCUUGACAUCGGCUGCAAUAGUGGCAUCAUAACGAUCCAUAUUGCUAAAAAGUUUCAGUGCCGCAGCAUUCUUGGAGUUGACAUUGAUUCAAGCCGUAUUGAGGAUGCUUACUGGCACCUUAGGAAGUUUGUGAGAACGCAGCAUUCUGCCAAGCGAGGUGAGAAGAAACCAAGUCCGGAGGUUUUAAACAGAGUAAAGAGUUCAGAGGAACCAUCUUUGACAUUGUCUAGCGCUGAGACAAAGGUGGAGAACCCAAGACAUCAAAACCUGUUGGAUAUUGUCUCUUUUCAGAAAGAGAAUAUUGUUCAGAGUAGAAAUCUCGACGAAAAUCGCUACGAUACAAUUCUUUGCUUGAGUGUGACGAAAUGGGUUCAUCUAAACUGGGGUGAUGAUGGUUUAAUCACCUUAUUUUCGAAGAUUUGGAGGCUCCUCAAUCCGGGAGGCACUCUUAUACUGGAACCUCAGCCUUGGAAAUCUUAUGAAAACAACCGCCGUGUCACUGAGACAAUUGCCAUGAAUUACCGGAAGAUUACUAUACGUCCAGAGCUUUUCCAAGAAAUUCUUCUUGAUAAGAUCGGGUUUAGAACUGUGGAAGAUCUGACGUCGAGCUUGUCGGGUGCUAACAAAGGAUUUGACAGACAGAUUCUUGCAUUCCAAAAAUAACUCAGGUGCGAAUCAUGCAAGAGCAAGUUAAUUUUUUUCACAGAGCUUCGGUGUUCUUUUUUCUCGUUUUUCAGAAGCAUUCUGUAAGCACAAAACAUAUAUAUAGCAUUUGACAUCUAAUUAUAUAUAAUGGUAUGGUUUUGUGUGAAGAUUUGGUCUUAUUAGCUGCAAAUUGCAAUGGGAUAUGUAUACGAGGAAUUUGUGUGUUACUUUUGCUCGUGGGGUUUUAUACCACCAAAGUCUAUGAAAAAUGUGAAGUUUUAA